AUGACUCCACACGAAAACGCACCAGACUGGUACGACGAGGACGUGCGAAGCAUAAACGCGGAUGCCCAGAAUUUGCUGGAACGAUACAGUGGACUCAAACCUGAAGAGGUCCUUCCACAUGUUUUAUCGCUACGUGAUGAGGCCUUCUAUGUCUAUCGUUACCCGUGUAUAGGGGAGAUGCGAUUCCUUUCUUUCAACCUCCGCCGCAUGCCGUUCUAUAACCAGGUCCUAAAUCACCUUCGAGAGAGCCCUUCCGCUAAAUUCCUUGACGCCGGCUGUUGUUUGGGACAGGAGAUCCGCUCGCUCGUUGACCACGGCAUUCCCAGCAACUGA